AUGAGGAAUCUCACUUGGCACGAGAUACCGGCUAUGCCUUGUAGAGACAAAGUGUGUCCUCAUGAAUUUAGAUCGGUUUCGAUGCCUCGGGAAGGUACUAUGUUUGUAUGCGGUGGAAUGGUUUUAGAUUAUGAUUACCCUCUUGAUGUGGUGUUGAAGUAUGAUAUGGUGAGGAAUCAUUGGACUGUUACGAAUAAAAUGAUAACCGCGAGGUCGUUUUUCGCUAGCGGUGUGAUCAACGGGAUGAUGUAUGCAGCGGGCGGAAACGCUGCAGAUUUAUUCGAGCUCGAUUCUGCGGAGGUUUUGAACCCUUUGGAUGGGAAUUGGCGGCCUGUUUCGAAUAUGGUUACACACAUGUCGUCUUACGAUGCAGCGAUUUUAAAUGGGAAGCUAUUGGUAACAGAAGGAUGGUUAUGGCCGUUUUUUGUAUCUCCGCGAGGUCAAGUUUAUGAUGCGAGGACGGAUCAAUGGGAAUUAAUGGCGAUGGGGUUAAAGGAAGGAUGGACUGCAAGUAUCGUGGUUUACGAUCGGUUGUUUGUAAUGUCGGAAUUAGAGAGAAUGAGGAUGAAGGUUUAUGAUUCGGUUACGGAUUCAUGGGAGACGAUUAACGGACCAGAAUUGCUCUGGAGAGUUGGAGCGGAUGAGAAGUAA